GCUUCGAGCAGACGUCGCGUGUAGCGUGCUCUGUUUUUCAGGCCCAUCAAGUGAUUUGGUUCAAGCUUCCUCGUCAGGGCAAAGCACAAAUUGAAGAUCAUGAGAUCUAUCCUUGCCGUUGCCUCUGUCACGCUGUUCUGCGUAAUGGCUGUGGACACUACUGAAGUGCCAGUGACCAACUUACCACCAGAACUGCGCCUUUAUCAGGACUCCGAAAAAUGCGCCGUGGUGCAGGAGGCCUGGUACAUGACUUACACCUCGGUGGAUUUAUUCGAGCUGCACAGUAACGCGACGUGUUGGCGGUUUACUGUCGUCACAGCGCUUCCCAACGGCGCGACUUUAUCACUGCUUCAGUAUGAACCGAAUGGAACUUCGUACGUCCUCAGCAGGCAUGAAUCUACUGGCAAUCGGCAUUCUAAGCAAGUCAUCUAUGCAAGACACCUUCCUGACGGUGACCUGCACAAAUUCCAAGUUUUAUACAACGACUGCGAUACCUGCAAGGUAUAUGCAACUGAAAACUUUAAAAAAGAGAAAGGAUGUAUGUUGUAUAUCGCUGAAAGGGUCCUGGAGAAAGAAAAUGCCCACUGCCACUUCAUUUUUGACUUGUUGUGCGGACCUUCCUACAAAUACCGUCGUUCCGACGCCAGCUGCCUCAUCGCUCAUAGAAGCCGACCAUCUCUCUAGUGCUGUGCUUCUUUCGAACAACCAAAAGUAUGCUACAUUUUAUGUUUGUAUAACAUGUAAAAGGUGAUGUAUUCUGCAAAAUCUAAUAGAGAAAGAUCAGCGCCUUUGUCUCUGUUCUUCGUGUACAACUGCCUAAUUGAAUUUAAAUAAAGUAUUUCAUUUGCAUAACAA